GCAGGAAGUCAAGGCGAGCCAACAAAUCAGUUCAGAGUUCUAGUGGAAUAGCUAGUAGAUCUAGUGGUUAUGCAAAUGCACAUGGCCGAACUGGGAAGGAGAAUAACCACACUGUCUGGCAGAAGGUAUUAAGAAGUUCAAGUAAUGAAGGUGUUCCAAAAAGUAUUAAUUGUGGUCAGCUCGAGCCCAGCUUUGGCUAGCUUUGACUACAACGACGCACUCAACAAGACUUUGCUGUUUUUUGAGGCUCAGAGGUCCGGUAAGCUCCCGGAGAAGCAGCGGGUCAGCUGGCGUGGCGAUUCUGCACUGAAGGAUGGGUUCGAACAAGGGGUUGACUUGGUUGGAGGAUACUAUGAUGGAGGUGGGCAUGUGAAGUAUGGGUUCCCUAUGGCCUUCACUAUGACUAUCCUGUCUUGGGGUGCUGUGGAGUAUGCCAAGGAGCUGACUGCAGCCAGCCAGCUUGAGUACACACUUGAAGCCAUCAGAUGGGGUACAGACUACUUGAUCAAGGCCCAUAACAAGCCAGACAUCCUCUGGGCUCAGGUUGGUAAUGGAGAAUCUGACCAUUUCUGCUGGCAACGGGCCGAGGACAUGACGACGCCAAGGACCGCCUACAAGCUGGACUCAAACAGCCCAGGUUCAGACCUUGCUGCAGAGACUGCAGCUGCCAUGGCUGCUGCCUCCAUAGCCUUCAAGCCUUAUGACUCGCGUUACUCUCAACUUCUUCUCUUACAUGCCCAACAGCUCUUUGAUUUUGCUGAUGAAUUCCGAGGGCGUUACGACACUAUAGUCACCGUGGCCCAGGACUACUAUCCCUCUACUUCUGGUUAUAUGGACGAGCUGUUAUGGGCAGCAGCUUGGCUCUUUAGGGCAAGUGGGGAUGCUAAAUAUUUGAAGUAUGUGGUUGAUAAUGCCAACGAAUUUGGCGGGACAGGGAUGGCCGUCACGAAGUUCGAUUGGGAUAACAAGUAUGCUGGCAUACAGAUCCUUCUAUCAAAGUUGAUGAUGGAUGGGCAGGGCAAGCAGUACAACUCAACAUUGGCUCAGUUCCAAGACAAGGCUGAGUACUUCCUAUGUGCAAACUUGCAGAAGAACAAUGGCUAUGAUGUCGACAUGACUCCAGGGGGUCUGCUGUUUGUGGAUGAAAAUAACAACAUGCAGUAUGCUUCUGUUUCUGCGUUCCUUCUAGCAGUUUAUUCUGACUAUCUCCUCUCAACUAAUGCUGAACUCAGCUGCGCUGAUGCCAAACUCAAACCUAUGGAUAUCUUGACCUUUGCACAGUCACAGGCCGACUACAUCCUCGGAAAGAACCCCAAGUCCAUGAGCUACCUGGUUGGAUUCGGCGCCACCUUCCCUACCCACCUCCACCACCGGGACGCUUCGAUCGAGUCGAUAAAGACUAUGCCAGAUCCAGUGGGCUGCGUCGAAGGGUUCGAGUCAUGGUUCAAGCGCAACGAGAGCGAUCCCAACUUGUUGGCCGGCGCUCUGGUCGGAGGUCCGGACAGGAACGACAGCUUCAUGGACGAGAGGUGGAACCACGAACAGACGGAGCCGACGACGUACAGUGCCGCUCCUCUCGUUGGUCUGUUCGCCAAGCUGAACAGUGUGUUCAAGAACUCAGGAAACUCUACAGAUGGCGGUCCUCAGACUUCCAGUGCUGCAGGAAACCACAGUAAACCAGCAGAGGGGGAGGGGCCGGUGACUUUCGUUCACUCGGUGACCAACUCAUGGAGGCAGAAUGAGACGACGAUGUACCGGCACAGAGUGGUGGUGAAGAACGUGUCGGGGAAGACGAUCACGGAGCUGAAGCUUCAGAUCGAGGGGCUGACGGGGCACCUGUGGGGGCUGCAGCCGGCCGACGGGAAGAACGUUUUCACGCUGCCCAAGUGGCUGCCGGAGGUGAAACCAGAGCAGGAGUUCGACUUCGUCUACGUCCAGGAGGGCCCUCAAGCCCACAUCUCUGUUCUCAGCUGCAAUUGAUAAACUAGGCUCCUCCAAGUGAAAGAUGAAGGCGUUUGUUUUCUCCUGCUUUUUCGUUCUCCGUGUUUGUGUGAGUAAUUCGUGUCUGAGUUUCGGAUUGUUCUUUCUCCUUCCACAAUUGUUCUCAAAAAUGUCACAAGGGACACGCUUAAAAGAACACGAGACACGUUGUUUUUUCCUUUUUUUGGUGUUGCUGCGCUUUUAAUGCGGUCAGACACAGCAUAUGUGUAAAUUGAAGUGUCCUUGUCAUGUAAAAGCGUUUCAUAUUUA